AUGAAUAAACUUAGACAAGAAUAUUCAAGUUUCAAGAAAUUACUAAGCAUAUCUAGUUUUGGUUGGAACACUGUUUUGAAAACUGCUACAACCGAGGAUGCAUCUUUAUGGGAUGUCCACAUUAAGGAAAAUCCCCAAUGGGACAAAUUUCGGAAGAAUGGCCUUCCUUAUUGGGAAGAGUUAGUUGAGAUAUUUGGGGAUGUUUAUGCAAGUGGAGAUAAUGCCAUAGGAAAUGCUGAGGUACACCAAAUUUCAGAUGGAGAUGGUGAUAAUAUUGACAGUGUUGUUGAGACGCCUAGCCCUGUACUACAUAGACAAGAAUAUAAAGAAGAUGAGCAUAUGCUUAAUGAAGAUUUAUUUGCAUCUGAUCCUAUUGAGACGCCCAGUCCUGCACAACAUAGACAAGAUAGGGCCCCAAAUGCAAAGCGUAAAAGAGGUAGUAAGAAUACAGAUAUUGCAAUGACAUGUCAAGCCAUUCAGGAUCUGGUUAAGAUUAGACAAAACCAAUGCCACCAUAAUUAUGCUAAUUCUGCUACUGCAAAAGUGAAUGAGGAUCCAUACUCAGUUGAGGCUACAAUGGAUGUAUUGAAUGACAUGGUAGGAUUGGAGAAUGAAGUGUACCGCAAAGCAGUUGAUCGAGUGGUUGAAAGCAAAGCAUGGAGAGUAGCAUUUAUAAAGGCUCCACCUGAGAGGAGAGCUUCACUCCUAUAA